AUGCAGACGCCUAAGGAUCAACGGUCAAGAGCUUCUAAGCCCACCACCAUCCACGGAUUUGCUCAGUCUGGGGAUCUUAUUGCAUUCCAAAAGCUACUUCGUGACAACCCUUCUCUUCUAAAUGACCGGAACCCUGUUAUGGCGCAAACACCACUUCAUGUUUCUGCUGGUUACAAUAAAGUUGAAAUAGUUAAGCAUCUGCUUGGUUGGCCUGGACAAGAGAAGGUAGAGCUGGAAGCUAGGAAUAUGUAUGGAGAAACCCCAUUGCACAUGGCCGCUAAGAAUGGAUGUAACGAAGCUGCGAAGCUGCUUCUGGCUCAUGGUGCCUCUCUUGAAGCUAAAGCUAAUAAUGGGAUGACUCCAUUACAUCUUGCUGUCUGGCAUUCACUUCGAGCUGAAGAUUAUUCUACAGUGAAGACAUUGCUGGAGUACAAUGCUGACUGCAGUGCCGAAGAUAAUGAGGGUCUGACUCCUUUGAAUCAUCUGUCGCAAAGUCGAGGAAGUGAAAAAUUGCGGGACCUUCUCCAACAUUAUCUUGAAGAGCAGCGGAAGCGUAAAGCUAUUGAAGCAUGUAGCGAAACUCAAGCAAAGAUGGACGCACUUGAAAAAGAAUUAUCUAGUAUAGUUGGAUUGGAUGAGCUUAAACUUCAAUUGCGGAAAUGGGCAAAGGGCAUGCUAUUGGAUGAGAGACGCCGAGCUCUUGGACUGAAAGUUGGAGCUAGAAGACCACCUCACAUGGCCUUUUUAGGAAACCCUGGAACAGGUAAGACUAUGGUUGCCAGAGUCCUCGGGAAGUUACUGAAUAUGGUUGGAAUUCUUCCUACUGACCGGGUAACUGAGGUGCAGAGAACAGACUUGGUUGGGGAAUUUGUAGGUCACACAGGCCCCAAGACAAGGAGAAAGAUUCAAGAAGCUGAAGGUGGCAUUCUGUUCGUGGAUGAAGCCUAUCGACUAAUACCCAUGCAGAAGGCAGAUGAUAAAGACUAUGGGCUGGAAGCAUUAGAAGAAAUCAUGUCUGUGAUGGACAGUGGGAAAGUAGUUGUCAUUUUCGCUGGUUACAGUGAACCAAUGAAGCGUGUAAUUUCUUCCAAUGAAGGAUUCUGCAGAAGGGUAACCAAGUUUUUCCAAUUCAGUGACUUCAAUUCUGAAGAUCUUGCUAAGAUUCUUCGUCUUAAAAUGACAAAUCAAGCAGAAAGUAGCCUGUUGUAUGGAUUUAAGUUGCACCCAUCAUGUAGUGUAGAAAAUAUUGCAGCACUGAUAGAGCGAGACACCACAGAAAAGCAGCGGAAGGAGAUGAACGGAGAAGCUAUGGUUCAUAGCAGUUCUCUUUCUGUAAUCUCAUCAUCUCCAGCAUCUGUUUGUUCUCUGCCAUCGAAUGAUUCCAAUUGUCCGCUGCCUAUGAACUCCGAUUGGCCUUCUUCCACCUCCUCCUCAUCAUCAUCGUCAUCCUAUUUGUCAUCUCGAUUUUCAUCAAUCUUGAAACAAAAAGAUUCUGGGCUCCCGAAAUUCAGCUUAAGGGUCUCAUCUAAGCAGCAGAAGCAGCAAUUAGUAACAGCAGAUAAUGGGUCUGCUGAGCAAUUCCUGGAGAAUAAUUCUAUUGCGGAUUUCAUGAGGUUUAUCAAGAGGGAUUCCUCCAAUUCCAGGCCUGAAAGCAGUGAUGAUGGUGGGGAUGGACAAGGCAGCUCUGAAUUGCAGACUGCUGUCGUUAGCUAUCGCAAGAAGUUCCCUUGGUCUCUUUUUCGACCAUUUCUUCAGGUUGAUUUGGUCUCCACCAUACAUAUUGCGGAUAAAGAGUAUUUUGAAACCCUGCAGAAGGAACUUGAACUGUAUGAUUGCGUUCUUUAUGAAAUGGUUGCUAGCAGAGAAAGUUUAGAAAGUAGAAGAAGUCCUACUUCUAAAAAGAAGCUGAAAGGUUCAGGUGCUAGGGGUAUUAAUAUUAUUGGAUGCGUCCAGAGGCAGAUGGCUAGUUUUCUUACACUUGAUUUCCAGUUAGAUUGCCUUGACUACCAGGCUGAGAACUGGUACCAUGCUGAUCUUGAUUUCGAAACAUUUAAAUUACUUCAGCGUGAAAAAGGUGAGAGCUUCUUUACAUUUGCAAGGGAUAUGACAAUUAGAUCAACAAAAGCAAUUGUACAGAAUUCAUCUGUUCCAGAAAAUCUAGGUCCCUGGAGAGCCAAGCUUUUACAGGCUUCUAGGGUGCUACCUAUGCCUCUUGUUGGCCUGCUUAUCAUUGGCGGUGUUUGCUCCGAUGUGGGAAACCAGGCAAAUGACUUCCCUGAAUUGGAAGCCCUGUCAAGGCUUGAUUUUGGUGCAGCAAUGAAGGUUUUUCUUGCAAAGAGGCUAACAUCUGAAUUCACAGAAGUAACAGCAGAUGUGGAGGAGGGAUCCGUAAUCAUUGGCGAGAGAAACAGAGCCGCAACGGAAGCACUUCAAAGAGCAAUAGACGAAGGGCAUAACAAGAUUGCUAUCCUGUAUGGGGGUGGGCACAUGCCGGACUUAGGGCGGCGACUGAGAGAGGAGUUUGGCCUUUCACCAACGAGGGUGCAAUGGAUAACAGCGUGGUCUAUUAGGAACAGACACCUAACCACUAGCUCCCUUCCCUUCUUGAAGACAAUGGCAGAUGUCUUGGGUUGGCCUUUGAAUCGUUACCAGACCCUUGCACUGCUUAUCUUUUCAUCGGUCCUGGCAAUAGAUUUAUGGUUCUGGGAACUCUUUUUCGGUACCACAGUUAACUGGGUUUCCGAUGUUGCUUCCGACUUUCUUCAAUUUGUCAAUACUGCAAACAUAAUGUGA